AUCGUGUGUUUGGUCUAUGAUACCGCAAUACCAACCAUGAACGCCGUUGUCCAAAAAUCCUUCGAUAAUCUCGAAGCUUCACUAGCAACUCUUAUAGAAUCAGUCGCAUCCUACAAUCCCUCCCCAGUCGCUGCCCGCGCUGUAAUUGCAGCAGACGACGGCCUGGUAGAGAGCCUCAACCAACUUGGCGAGCACCAGCAUGGCUACCAAAAGAUUCUAGCCCUGCGCGAGGUGUCCGAAGCACUAGAUAGGCAAUUAACAGAAUUGCUGGAGGGACUGUCCGAGGCCAGGAAGGAGCUAUCGAGCAUUCCGGGGACUGUGUUUGAGGAAUCGCAUGAGGUUCCAUACGACGAACUUCUAACCUAUGCUCGCAAAAUCUCUAAAUACACUCGCCCCCCGCAAUCGUCAAAGUUCACACAAGCCGACACUGCCGGCGGCAGUGGUAACGAUAAGACAGAGCAUGAUAAUGGCGAGGCCUCCCAACAAUCGCAGAGAUCGCUCCCGCUAGGACUUUCGGAAGAGGAUGUUUCAGCGCUUGACCCGUCGUCGCAGCUGCAGUUCACGCCAUGGCCGAGUGAGGAGGUCAUGAAGCGUGGGGCGCUCUCGCAGAUGGGGUACGAGGAGGAGUUGAAGGCUAAGGGGCUGCCGUUGCCGGUUAUGGCUCCUGUUGCGAAUGGCCAGGGACUGGGGGAUAAUCGGGGGCCGGUGGAGACCUCGAUGGAGACUGCCAUAGUGGCACCGGUGCAGGUUGCUGCUGCGCAGAAUCACCGGCCGGCUCAGAAGGUGGAAUUGGAUUUAUUCAACCCUGAUGAUGAAUGAGGCAUGAGGGUUGUUUUGUCACCUACUUUUGUAUAUGAUACUAAAUAAAAUGAGGUAGUUCGCUCUUG